AUGGGUGACAACAUUAAUGCUCCUUGCAUUAAUGGAUCUGAACCAGAUCUGGGAGGUAGAGUCGCCGAACCAGUUACAACAAAAGCCACAACAAAGGGACUUACCAAGCCCAACCUGGUGAAGGGAAAAACCUCCCUUAACGACUCUAGCAAUAGUCCGAGUAGAGGUGAGGGCUGUGGAAUUGAAGGUGGUGGACAACCCCAUACCUACCGUACACCUUGGAACCAAGUUCUGAGUUUAGGAAGGGAUGACAACUCUUCUAAUCCAACGAAAGAAAUGAAGCCCAUGUAUAUUGAGCCUAUCAAGCGUGAAUCUAGGAUUAUUGUGGAACCCCCCAGGAAGUAG